UAACCGAGACCAUUCCAAAAUAGAUUCUAGGAAGUGGAUGUGGUUGAUCCGGUUGAUCGUCAUGUGCACUCAAGUCGAUAAGAAGAAGGUGCUUGUAACAGGAUUUGGCCCAUUUCAAGGACACUCUGUCAAUGCAAGUUGGGAAUCAGUCAAGGAGCUUCAGAAAGGAAAAUUUACCAGUGACGUGACGAUCCACAUUGCUGAGAUACCAGUUGCCUACAAAUAUGUUGAAGAUAACUUAUACAAAUUAGAGAAAGAACUGAAUCCUGAUCUUAUAAUGCAUGUUGGAGUUUCAAGCAUUGGUCACUGUGUGCAGAUUGAAGAAUUUGCUCACAGCACUGGCUAUACAAAACAAGACGUUGAGGGAUGCAUACCAGACGAGUCUUCAAUUGGUCCUAAAUGCUUGAAAACUUCCUUGGAUAUUAGUGAACUCAGAAUGUUUUGUGACAAGCAUGCAUGCUCCUGUACAAUCGAAUCAUCGACUGACGCCGGACGGUACCUCUGUGAGUACAUCUAUUACACUUCAUUAAAUGCAAACAUCGCCCCGGCUCUAUUCGUUCAUGUCCCAUGUUUGGAUGCCCCAUACAGCAAGGAAGAACUGGCAGAAACAUUAAGGCUGAUAGUUCUCGCAGCAUUGAGCCAAAUCAGUAGGACGAAAUAAGAAGUAACAAUUCUUCCUUUUGUAUUUGGGAUUUGCUAUCCAAGCACUCAAAGUGUUUGUAUAAAAGCUUUUUUUU